AUGUCUUCCUCCGGCCACUUCCACGAGGAGGUCAUCAAGAACCCUCAUGCAUUGACUGAUCGCGAUCUCUGGAAUAUGCGCUUGAAGGAUGUAUCCGACAAACUUCCCCUCACCACUUCCGUCCGGACGACCAUGGAAUUCUAUCUCCGCUGGCUUGAAGUCCAUCGAACCCGACCCACAUCCAAAACAAAUUCAUGGGAGAACACGAUCUGGCAAUGGGCUCAAUCGCUUCGCCGACGCGGCAUUCGCGAGGGCGAACUGAUCAGAUCGAUUCGAGAUUGGAAAGAAGACAACGGCCCGUUUCCCGUUACUGAACGCCGACCUCCAAGAACCAAGGACAUUGAGAAGGCUUUUGAUGAUCCUGCGCUGCCGCCUAGGAAAAAGGACGAGGACUUGAUGACUUGGAAGCGUGCGGAUCCAGCGACGCUUGAACCAGCUCCGAGACGUCAGGAUCAUCAUUCUAUGCAUUCUGAUCGCGUGGCUAGAAUUGAGCGGGAGCGUGAAGAAAGUCGCGAACGUCGCUAUCAUGAUCAUGGUCGAGAAAGUGGAGAUUCAUAUGAAAGCAAAAAGAUGUAUCCAUUCUCUUCGAAACAGAAGCCAUCUUUGGAGGCAUACUUGCAACCUCCGCCACCUUCAUAUGUCUGUAAUCGUUGUCACAAGCGCGGUAAGCAUCUUCCAUCCUCUCCUAUUCGUGUUAAAUUUCCCAUGGCCUUUGCACAUCUUGUAUCAGAAGCUUUGUUGGUACAGACAACCGUCAAAGCUUUUCGUGAUAAGAAAGCUAAGUCGUACAAUACUGACCUCAAGUUUCUAGGACACCAUCUCCAGAGCUGCCCAACCAACAUGAACCCAGAGUUCGAUAAACCACCGGAUGAUUUCUAUGUCUGCAGUAUUUGUAUGGAAAGUGGUCUCCACUACAAGUCGCUCUGCCCAAGAAAUUGCGAUCCAUACUCGAUCAUCCAGAGACGGAGACAUGUGGGAUACAGCACGCCAGGAAUGGUUGCAGAAUCCUCAGUUACAGACCCGCGAAGAGUAGAAGAACUUAUCACGAUCAGGGAGAAUGACAGAAAGCAUGUUGAAUCAUUCAAGAGAACUUACGAAUCAGGUGACAGCAGUUGUAGCCAAUCUCCAUCUUCAAGCAAAAAGCAAGAGCAGAAGGACGAACUGAAGAGAAUCGAAGAGAUGAGAUCCAAACUUUCCAAAGAAGAGAUAGAGGAAGUGUUUGACUUUGGUUAUGCCGGUAUUGGAAAGCUGUCACUCACUAAUCAGAGAAAGAGAGCCUUGUCUGACACGAGCGCAAAGAGUCGCGACUCCCAGAAUUCAACACCUACUCGGAAAAAGAAUCGGAACUUCCUCGAGACUCCAUAUAGAGAGAUCGACAGCGACACAUACAGAGAGGUGGAGGAAUUAAUAUUGGCUGAACGUGGUCCACCUCGUAGCAGUCCACCUCUUGUAUAUCAACAAAAUCCUGACGAGCUGCAACUCGACGACGACAGCCAAUCUUCCCACAGUCCUCGAGCUACCCGCGAGGAGACCCGCCGUAUUGUUAUCAAGUUUCCAUCUCCAAAGUUGAAGAAGAGUGAAUACCACAAGAUGAUGGAAACCAAUACGCCCGAAGGAGACAAGGCAGAUCGCAAUUCAACUUGUGGCUAUUCUCCUUACCCACGAGGCGACCCAGACGACAUGGUCCUCGACAACAAUAGCCCAGAUUCAAUGAACGCGUCAGUCUACUAUACCCCCAAAACACCACCCGUCGAUUCCGCAGCCGUCAAGAGUGUCAGAAUGUCGCCUUAUAAUUCCGACUCUUGCGAGGAAGGACAAAUAUUUUCUGCAGAGGCAACGGAACCUCCCAAAUAUUCGCAAUUUGUUGAGAAUCUGAUUUUCAAGUACCCAGAAAUGAAGAUAAUCAGAAAUCCAAUCACAAAACGACCAAACGCUGUCGACAUGUGGGAGCAAGAAAGUCAAUGCCGAAAGACGCCGAGAGAAUCUUCAGACCGAAUGAAUAAGCGUACGAUUGCGCAAUUCGAUGGAGCUUGCGAUGAGAUUCCUGUCGAGAAAAGUAACCGCCGACGCAAAUACAAACUAGGUAAUCUUGGAAAGAGUACCUUUGGUAGAGUUAAAGAUGCUGCAAAGGAAUUCCCAAAACUUGGAGGGCGUUCCAAAUCUCGUCCAUUGACCAAUCAAACCGAGCCUUUAAUUUCAAGAUCACCAACACCACCUUCACCUUGUCCAAAGGACGAUGAACAUUUAUUUCCACAGAGACCACCCAAUAUCCCACGUGUCAUGGUGACUAGUCUGCCCUCUAAUUUCCGCGAAAAGGAACUACCAAAAUUACCAGACACGAAAACACUUAGCAUGCAAGCCGGAAAUUUAUGGACUGAGACUAACUCCUCAACUGACCUAGACGAGUCGAAGCUACUCAACCAAAGUUCAACGCCUCGUAGCCCUUCGGAACUUUCCACCCCUUCAACUCGCUGGGACAGUCGAAGAUCAAUUCAUAAUUCGUCCGUUUUCAGCAAAAAAAGUAGCUCUCGAGAUCCCGCGCUCUCCGAGGCAAGAUCCACAAACGAAUUUCGAUCGACCGUCCGAAAGAUCAUUGAAGAAAGCAAAUCGGAAGAUCCAAUACGCAGUCAAAGUCAAGACAAUUUGCAACUAUCGAACCCCACACGAGCAAAGAUCCUUCGGACGAUGUCUGACUAUCCAGCAACCAGCGAGCCCCUGGCUGAAACAAUGAAUGGCGCCGUCGAGGUAUGUACUACAUACUCACCACUCUAAUAUCGGUAUCAAUGCGGAGCUAACAGCUUUCACGGAUACAGAAGGAAACUCGCAAGGAGGUUCAGAUCAAGAAAGCAACCUGUAGCUACAAUCGUCAGGAUCUGGAUGCCAUCGCCGCUGCUAAGAACGCCAAACGCCGCGAGAAGACCUUCACCGACCUGAAGCAAUUUGCGGGCGCUUUCAAGUUGGAGACUCCAGUUCCCGAGGAGAUUGCCAAGUUGUACAAGUUGGAGGAGGGCAAUGAGCAAAAUGUAAAUCAUGACGUUAAGGAGAAUGGCGCAAAAAACGGAAUGGAAAGUGUCGAGCGACAGAAUUGAACAACAUUAACGAAAUGCACACGAAUAUAUUGAUCGACGAGCCGAUACGACUUUACGACUUGACGAACAAAAUGAUCUGAAAUUAUUCGCGUGGAAUGGAUUCAACAUCGACUUGGCAUUCUCUUUCGCAAAAGAUAUGCUUUCAAUUUCUGGAGUUAUAAGGGAGGAGAAAGUACCUUGCUAUCGCAUCCAUAAUACAAAAGAUAUUGCGGGGUGGAGGGGUCCAUUGCCUGUUCUGUCAAUGGCGUUUUUGGGUGUUUAAGUAUUGCUUUCAUCUUCAUAUUGUCUUUCUUUAUCUCCUUGCUCUAUUCUCGGGGUUUAUGGGCACCUUGGGAUUGUCAUCUGCGUCAGACGAAUCAAAAAAAAGGGGCAGAUGUGUUUUCAUUCCAGGAGAUGAGGGAUGCUUCAUACCUUGGCGGGCCUGCUAUGGAUUUGUGUACGUUGUGAAUCUACUAUUUAAGGGAGCUGGGCGGCUAGAUAGAUGGCUAUUGAGUAGUUAGAGAAUAG